UAUGAUUACUCCAGUCCUCAUAGCCCAGGCCCCAAUGCUCCAAUGAAUUGGAUUCGUUCAGCGUUACGGCUAGUACUUGGCACCAAGGACAACAGCCUUCUUCCACUCGAGGCUGGCAAGAUUUUUCUUGGAAUCAACUUCUAUGGCUAUGAUUACAGCCUUUCAGGAGGAGGUGGAGCUAUCACUGGAAAUGAUUAUCUAUCUGUCUUAAGCAAGUACAAGCCUCUGGUGCAAUGGGAGGAGAUCAGUGCCGAACAUUUCAUCUUGUACACUGAUAACAAUCAAAACAAGCACGCAGUCUUUUAUCCAUCGCUGAAAUCAAUCUCCACACGUCUAGAGGCAGCUGGAUCAUUGGGAACGGGCAUCUCAAUAUGGGAAAUCGGACAAGGUUUGGACUACUUUUUUGAUCUUCUGUAAUAAGUCUCAAAUUUGCAGCGUUUCUGUACCUGCUUCUGGGAGACCACCAUAAAGUUUUGUUCAC